AUGGCUACAAGAACUAUUACACAUUAUAUUACACCAGAAGAUUCACCAUUAGGUGGAACUUCAUUAGAGAUCAUCGCUACGAUUGGUAAAGAUUUAUCUAGUAAGAAAAUACCCAUUAGUUUAACAAUAUGUUAUCAAAAGGAUAAACCUGAGAUAGAUGAACAAGGUAAAGUAAUAUCAAAGACACAAUCAUCAACUUUACAAUAUUAUCAUUAUUCUAUACCAAAUAAAUUGAGAAAUAGAAAAAAUAAUGAAUUUGUAAUUGGUAUUCCACUACUAGAUACAAAUAAUGAUUGGGUUAGAGAUAUUUCACGAAAACUUGCUGAUGCUACAGCUAAAAAAUAUGAAGUACCAUGUUAUGUUUCAUGGUCGACCACUAAACCUUCGGAUGUAACGUCAAUUUCAAUGGAUCAAAUGUUUGUCUUAAGAAACUGUAUAAAUUUUAUAAACACAUUAUAUAAUUAA